AUGCACGAUAGGGAGGGCAUGGGUGGUAGAGGCAGCAUGUUCGAUAGGGAGGGCAUGGGUGGAAGAGACGGCAUGCACGAUAGGGAGGGCAUGGGUGGUAGAGGCAGCAUGUUCGCUAGGGAGGGCAUGGCUGGCAGAGGAGGUAUGAUUGAUAGACGAGGCAUGCACGAAAGACGGAUAAUUACGGAAGAGGGGGCAUGCGAGAAAGAGGGGGGCAUGCACGAAAGAGGGGGCAUGCACGAAAGAGGGGACAUGCACGAAAGAGGGGACAUGCACGAAAGAGGGGACAUGCACGAAAGAGGGGACAUGCACGAAAGAGGGGACAUGCAGGAAAGAGGGGACAUGCACGAAAGAGGGGACAUGCCCGGUCGGGGGGGCAUGCCCGGUCGGGGGGGCAUGUCCGGCAGGGGAGGCUAUGGAAAAAAGGGACCCAACACUUCGCUGUGGGGUGAAGAGGACCAGAACGAGCCGCCUUUCAGAGGGCCAUCAUACGAUGAUGAAGACCAGCGACCAGCCAGAGACAUGCCUUCAUCAGGAGAUGAAAUCAAGCGUGAAGAGCUCUACCUAAAGUUUUAUGAUGAAAUCUCUAAACAGUAUGACAGUGAGAGACCUGUGGACUGUGUUGUCAUUGUGGCUUCACGGCAGCAAAAGGACUAUGCAGAGAAUAUAGGAAAGCAAGCUCGGAAUAUGGGCCUCACUGUGGAUCUCAUCAUGCUGAGCUCGCAGAACCUCCUGGGCCAGGCCCUGAACGAUGUAAGGAAUGGAGGCUCCGCCUUCGCCAUCGCCGUGAAGCCCCAACACGUGACGGACAACUGUUGCUCUGUCCACGUCCUUCAGGGGAACAAGCAACAACACCACCACACGCCUUUGCCCGUGGCCAUGGAGCUCGUGGGUCGCGAGUUUGAGUCUUACAUGGGCGACCUACGCGAGCGGCGGCGGCGGCGGAGUGAGAUCGCCAGACAAGCGGCCGAGCGCGCCGACAGCGUCUUGCGGCGCCAGCAGCGGCCGCACCGUUUCUCGCAAGUGCCGGAAUUUCGAACUGGCUUUUCGACACAGGCCCCCCCCGCGCGUGCCCCACCAGCUCCGGACACCCUGGCCCCACCGCUACAUGCGCGAGCGUCGCCCACAGAUUCACCUCACCGGCCCGGUCCCGCGCGCGGCAACACGUCCAGGUACCCGAGUGAGCGGGCGGCAGCGGCAGCGGCCUACUCGCAGCAUGCCAACUCGCCGUCGUCGUCGCUACGCAGCGCUCUGAGCGAGGCGAAGGACAUGUCCCUGGAAGAGCUGGAUCGCAUCUCGGAGCAAGUGCGCUUUCUGCGUGAAAAGGCGCUCGACGAAAGAGGAAUGCGUAAUCAGCCAGCCACCCCGCCACGCUUGGCUGAGGGAGGGAUUGGAAUGCACCAUCUUCAACAGAACACACCACCGGCUCGCCAGAGACUUGACCAACAACUGCCCAACAUGGCAAGCAAAGCCGUAGGCGCGUACGCUAACAGAGCGGCGGCCGACGCGCCCGGCGCUGCUUUUAACAGCGGUAACAACAACAACGACGGCGGCGGUGGAGGUGCAAUGGCGGCGGGGAUGGGAAGGCAGGGGAGCUUGCCCCCAUCGGGCCACACGGCGGGCAGACAGCAGGCGAACAACAUGGGGCAAGUGGCGGCGUCGCGUCCUCUCUCCCCGCUGCGACGCAACUCGCGCUGGCUGCCAGGAACGCCGUCGGUAGGCGCGCAGUCCGAGUUGAGCCACGCACCCAUGGAGGAUGCGCUGCAGCCGCGCGCCACCACCUCUGCGCAGGGAGCUCAGGGUCAGGUCGGUGGUUACGGCAACUACGGCAACAUGGGCAGGGAUUUCUCGGACCAAGGCGUGCGAAUGCCGUCGCAGCAGCAGCAGCAACUGGUGCCUCCGCAACAGCAGGAGCGCGUCACCACCAGCACGACAUUCGGUCCCACCACUGUAAACCUGUCGUCUCUCGGCCUGGAUAACCCCAACGUGCGCAAGGCGCUUGACAUGCUCAUGCAGAGCGCUCCGGCGAUAUCGCAGCUCGUUAAGCAGGCAUCGGCUGCCGUGUCGCAGAAGGGGCAGUCGGCGGCUUUGGUGGAGCCGCAAGCACCCGUGUUUCGGUCGCCACCGCAGCAGCAACAGCAGCAACAGCGGCCACUGAUGCAGCAGCAACAAAUGCCCUCGCAGCCGACCCACGGCAUGGGCCAGCAGCAGGGCUAUGGAGAGGAGAAAGGUUGGGCCAGACAGCAGCAGCCAGCCUUUCGGCAGCAGCACCCGCAGUUCCAACAGCAGGCCCGCUGGGAUGAACAGUACCAGCAGCGCUACUGAAGCAUGAAUAUGGAACCACGUUUUGAGAAGUCUGGGCAACCCUACUUUAGGUGUAUUGAGAGGUCAGGGGUACACGAUGCAUUGCUUUAUGAAUAGUAGGGUAGAAGGCUUGCUGUUCCUCCGGCCACACACAAUCAUGUAAUGGGCGCAAAG